AUGUUUGUGAUUGAUCUCGCUAAGGGUGAGGUGGUCAAGCAGAAAAGCAGGUAUAUCUGCGCUGCGACUAAAGAGGGCACGGUCAACCUGAUCGAUGCGGCCAAUUUUACUGUCGUCAAAAGCUGGAACGCUCACUCGGCUCUCAUUAGCGACAUGGACGCCCAGCACGACUUCAUCGUCACUUGCGGCUAUUCACUGCGCCAAGGCCAGAACUACAUGUUAGAUCCCUUUCUGAAUGUCUUCGAUAUCAAGAAGAUGUCGUCAAUGUCGCCGAUUCCAUUCCCUGCUGGCGCCGCCUUUGUCAGGAUGCACCCUCGAAUGUCGACCACCACCAUAGUCAUGUCUCAAAGCGGCCAGAUGCACGUCGUCGAUCUAAUGAAUCCGAACACUAGCAAUGUACGGCAGGCUAACACAAUGACGUAUUUGACUAUGUUCGAGAUCGCGCCAUCUGGUGAGGCCGUUGCUCUUGCGGAUGCCGAGUUCAACAUCCAUAUCUGGGGUUCUCCAUCUAAGCUUCGAUUUGUUGACUUCGCAUCGCAAACUGAAUUUGCGACGCCCGAAGAACCCCUUCCAAGUAUCGAGUGGACUGCCGACACACCUCUGAACUCUAUCGGCACGCCCUACUACCGAGAUGUAUUGCUGUCGGCUUGGCCAGAUCUUGUGUCUGAUGUUGGAGCUCCUCCCACCAAGCUGGAUCCGCAGUUUCUGUCUGGCCUCAAGGCGACGGACUUUGGAAUGUAUGGACGUAAUACAAGAGGGUUCCGAAGAAACCAAGUGGAAGACACCCGCAAUCUGGACAAAGCCAACGCGUCAGGUAUUCUGGCGCCCAAGUUCCUCAGCGAAAAAGCCAGGGAGUUUGCCAAGACUCCCGACAACGACGACGAAAAGGUCGAUGAUGUUGCAAACGCGCUGAUGCGCAUGGACAUUGAUCCUCUAAAGGCAGAGUGUCCGCCAAUGUACCGGAACGUGGAGAUCAAGUACAGCAAAUUUGGCGUUGAUGAUUUUGACUUUGGGUUCUACAAUAGGACGCAGUACUCCGGUCUUGAAAUCCACAUCGCCAACUCUUACGCCAACUCCCUGCUUCAGGUGCUGCAUUUCACGCCCCUUCUUCGGAACAUAGCGCUCCAACAUGCGGCGACCGCUUGCGUCGAAGACACAUGUCUUUUGUGCGAAAUGGGUUUCUUGUUUGACAUGCUGCAAAAGGCCGAGGGCUCAAUCUGUCAGGCAACCAACAUGCUGAAGACUCUCAGUCAUCAUCCUCAGGCCGGUCCUCUUGGGCUUCUUGAGGAAGACCCUAAUGGCUCCAGUCUGACCGUAAUGCUUCAAGGCUUGGUCAGAUUUCUCACUGAGAAAAUCGUGGUAGAUUUCAAGUCAAUCCAGCCGGGUUCAGGCUUGAUGGAUCAGAAGAGCAUGGUGCGGAACCAGAAGGCUCCCAAGGUAACCUUCUCCCAAAUACUCAAGUCGAGCGUCGAGAGAGAGACCACUUCCAAAGGCUGGUGUAGCAGAUGCCAGCGGUACCAGAACAUUGCAGCUAGAAAGACCAUUCACAGCAUCCCUGCCGUCUUUGUCAUCAACACUCUUAUCAACAGUCCGGAGCAUAGGCGCUUUUGGUCAACACCAGGGUUCCUGCCUGAGGAGAUUGGCGUCAUAGUAGACCAUGGCCAAUUUUUCUGCUACGAAGGCGAGGAUCUCAAACUUCAUCUACAGCGCGGUAUUCACAACAUAACUGUGUAUUCCCUCGUCGGCAUGGCCGUGAAUAUCGACCCAGGUGCAGGGCAAAAGCCUCACCUGGUCGCCAUGGUGAAUGUCGCCCACGCGCAGCCCCAGGUGCCUCAAACAAGCCAGUGGCAUCUUUUCAACGACUUCCUCGUGCGGCCCGUUGCAACCGAGGAGGCACUCGCGUUCCAUCCUGCAUGGAAGAUGCCAUCAGUUGUCGUUUUCCAGCUCAAGGAGGCGAACAACAAGAUAGACAUGGACUGGAAGAAGAACAUCGAUACCUCUUUGCUGUACCAGGACACCAACCCGCAUGUGGACGGCAAGACUUACCGCGCCCUGGAUUUGGCCACCGAACAGCCUGGGCCGGAAAGCAUUGUCGCUCUGGAUACCGAGUUCGUUGCUGUCCGUCAGCCAGAGAUCGAGAUGAAUUCGGACGGCGAGAGGGAGACGAUCCGGCCAAUAGUGUACGCUCUUGCGAGAGCUUCCGUCGUUCGAGGUCAGGGAGAGGACGAAGGGGUUCCGUUUAUCGAUGACUACAUCUCCAUCAGGGAGCCCAUCGUGGAUUACCUGACCUCGUAUUCCGGCAUUACUCACGAGGACCUGGACCCGCGGGUGUCCAAGCAUAACCUUGUGUCCCUCAAGGUCGCAUACAAGAAGCUCUGGAUACUCCUGAAUCUGGGCUGUAAGUUUCUAGGCCAUGGUCUCAAACAGGACUUCCGGGUGAUCAAUAUCCAUAUUCCCAAAUCCCAGGUCGUUGACACCAUUGACCUUUUCUUCCUCAAGUCUCGCCUGCGAAAGCUGUCUCUGGCCUUCCUGGCAUGGUAUCUGCUGAAGGAGGACAUUCAGCUAGAAACACACGAUUCGAUUGAGGACGCUAGGACGGCGCUGAAGCUGUAUCGCAAGUAUCUGGAAUUCGAUGAUGCCGGCGUGCUGGAGCCCAUGCUUCAGGACAUUUAUCGCGCAGGUAGAGAGAACAAUUUUAAGCCGCCAAAGAGAGGUCUGGAUGUCCAAAGAGCUCUGACGCCUCCUCCGCUUGCAAGCGAGGCAGCGGCUGCCCCUACGACGCCAUCUGCCGUCGAGCAGGUGUCGGGCAAUGGGUUCGGCGCAGGUGCGACGUGGACGCCAGGCAAGGGCUCCCCCUUGCGAUGA